AUACAGCAUGAAGGCUGGUAGCAGGUUCAAUUGUGUGUGCCCACUUUUUUGCACACUAUGUUGACUGAUAAAAAGUAGCAUAUUGUGUAUAUUCACAGGUGAAACUGCCAGUAAAUACAAAAUGUUAAGUUGGCUGAAGCUGAUAUUUAGUGCACCCCUUUAAGAAACCAAGCUCAACUAAUCUAGACUCUACUGUGGCAUUCCACUUGCCAGGGAUUAGCUCCACAAUCCAUUCACAUUAAAAAAACAGCACUCUACUACUACUGUAACUCUCAGCAACAGGUCCUCUUCAGCUACAGACGAGGACUCGAAUAGGGUCAGAGCCCUGUGUCUGGUGAGAAAAGAGCACAGGUUGUGUCAUAUGACUAGGUUCAAGGGUGAGACUUUGGUCCUGUGAGAGAGGGAGUGACCUUUGGGGAAGGAUUUCCAAGAGAGACCCAAACAGAGUGUCUGGGUCUGUGUAUGUUGGUAAGCUCAGGUCAGGAGUUUAGACAGGAAAAGGGACAGGACUGAGCUAUUACUGAGGAGGAGGGAAAGAAAGGGAGAAAGGGGUUUGGCUUGUUUGUUAAUCAUUGAAUCAAAGCAAGGUUUAGUCACGGCUCAGACUCUAGACUCAGCCAGUUGAUGAGAAGAAAACAGGAGUCACUUCCAGAGAGAGGGGACAUCUGCAGACAGGGAAAAUUACCAGGAUUUACAUGCACAGCUUCAGCAAGAAACAAGUAUUGGGGCAUUGAUAAAUUGGAUUUUUUUCCUCUAAUCUGCAUUUCCAUAUGUGUACAAGGAGAGGGAGGACAUUUCAAACCCCAGACUGAGGACAUUUUCAUCAACGUUUUAUUGCUCUGUGUGUCUGUGUGUGUAUUUAUGUACUUGUGCACUGGAUUUAUAAAGCGGCACUUAAAUUAGAAAAAAAGAGAACUUGCACAGCGGUGUCAUAUGUUAAGAUGUUCGCUGUACAUCUUUUUUCCUUCUACUUCUCCAAACUCCAAGAGGACCCCACUAAGAAGGUGGACAGGUUCCUCUACGCCAUGCGUCUCCAUGACGACCAACUAAGGGACAUCUCAGCUCGUUUCCAAGCUGAAAUGAAGAAGGGGCUUUCAGCGGAGAGUAAUGCCGCAGCAACACUGAAAAUGCUGCCAACACAUGUGUGCUCUACACCUGAUGGAUCAGAGAAUGGAGAGUUUCUGGCAGUGGAUCUGGGAGGCUCCAAGUUUAAGGUGCUCCAAGUUAAAGUGAGAAAGGAGGCGGGGAGGGUGAGAAGAAGUGUGGAAAUGCAGGAGCAGACCUACCCGCUUCCUAAGGAGCUGCUGAUUGGGAGAGGAGUUGAGUUAUUUGACCAUGUGUCAGAGUGUCUAAAGGACUUCCUCCUUCAGAAGAAAAUCAGCUUGGAGAAGAAACAUCCGCUGGGCUUCACCUUCUCGUUCCCCUGUCAGCAGACUGCUUUGAACCAGGGAUUGUUGCUAAAUUGGAGUAAAAACUACUGGGCGCGAGGCCUUCAGGGGAAAGACAUGGUCAACACCCUUAGACAGGCUAUCAGCAGGGCUGGGGGUAUGGAUGUAGACGUGUUAGCCCUGGUUAAUGAUACCGUGGGAACCAUGAUGACCUGCGGUUUUGACGACCAGCACUGUGAGGUCGGCCUCAUCAUUGGCACAGGCACCAACGCGUGCUACAUGGAAGAGCUGCGUCACAUUGACCUGGUGGAGGGAGACGAGGGCCGGAUGUGUGUAAACACUGAGUGGGGGGCCUUCGGAGAUGAUGGGGCAUUGGAUGAUUACCUCACUGAGUUUGACAGGGACAUUGACGCAGCGUCCAUCAACCCUGGGAAACAAUGCUUGGAGAAGAUGGUGAGCGGGCUGUAUCUGGGUGAGCUGGUGAGGCUGGUUGUAUUAAAGAUGACUAAACUAGGACUGCUGUUUGAUGGAAGGGUCACUGAUGCAUUGAGGACCAAAGGGAAAAUCACCACAGCGCAUGUAGCAGCUAUGGAACAGUACAAAGACGGUCUUAAGAACACCAGAGACAUUCUUCUUGACCUCAGUUUGAAUCCGUCGCCUGAUGACUGCAUUGCUGUUCAACAUGUCUGCACCGUGGUCUCCUUCAGGUCCUCAAACCUGGUGGCUGCAGGGCUGGCUGCCAUCCUGACUCGAAUCAGACAAAACAGGAAGUUGAAGACAUUAAGGAUCACCGUGGGAGUGGAUGGAACUGUGUACAAGACACAUCCACAGUAUGCCAAACGUCUCCAUAAGGUGGUGCGUCGUUUGGUUCCUGACUGUCAUGUCCGAUUUGUUCUGUCAGAGAGUGGCAGCAGCAAAGGGGCUGCCAUGGUGACAGCAGUUGCCCAGCGGGUGACAGCGCGGAGACACCAGGUAGAUGAGUCGCUGUCGUCCUUCAGACUGAGCAGAGACCAGCUCAGAUCGGUCAAGGCCCGGAUGAGGGCGGGACUAGAAGCAGGCCUAAAGAGUAAUAGCCACUCCCCAGUAAAGAUGCUGCCUUCUUACGUUUUCCGUACCCCUGACGGCACAGAGUGUGGAAAAUACUUAGCCUUGGAUCUGGGAGGAACCAACUUCAGAGUUCUGCUGGUGAAGAUCCGUAGUGGUCUGCGUCGCUCUGUACGACUGUACAACAAACUCUACCCCAUUCCUCUGGAGAUAAUGCAAGGAACAGGAGAAGAGCUGUUUGAUCAUAUAGUGCAUUGUAUAAGUGACUUCCUGGACUACGUGGGGAUGAAGAAAGCACGUCUUCCUCUGGGCUUCACCUUCUCUUUCCCUUGCCUGCAGGCUGCCAUCAAUGUGGGCACUUUGGUUAGCUGGACCAAAGGCUUCAAGGCUACAGACUGUGAAGGAAAUGAUGUUGUUGACAUGCUGAGAGAGGCCAUCAAGAGACGCAACGAGUUUGACGUGGACAUAGUAGCAAUCGUCAAUGACACAGUUGGGACCAUGAUGAGCUGUGCUUACGAAGACCCACAGUGUGAAAUUGGACUGAUAGCUGGGACAGGCAGUAAUGUCUGCUACAUGGAGGAACUGAGGAACAUCGAGAAGGUUAAAAUGGAGGAAGGAGAACCGGAGAGAAAACAGGACAGUGAUGGGGAGGAUAAGACAGAUGAUGGGAUGGAUAGAGAGGCCAAGAAUGGGCUUGGAGAGAUGCAGAGGAUGUGUAUAAACACAGAGUGGGGGGGUUUGGGUGAGGAUGGCUGUCUGGAUGACAUCAUCACGGAGUACGACAACGCAGUGGACCGAGAGUCAAUCAACCACGGGAGACAAAGGUUUGAAAAGCUGACCAGUGGGCUGUAUUUAGGAGAAGUUGUCCGUCAGGUCCUCCUAGAUUUAACCAGAAGAGGUUUGCUGUUCAAAGGACGUGUCACCGAAGCUUUAAAAACACCUGGAAUAUUUGAGACCAAAUACCUAUCACAAAUAGAGAGUGACCGCCUGGCUCUACUGCAGGUGAGAUCCAUCCUUCAACACCUGGGGCUGGACAGCACCUGUGAUGAUAGCAUCAUCGUCAAAGAGGUAUGUGGAGCUGUAUCACGUCGCGCGGCUCAGCUGUGUGGGGCAGGAAUGGCGGCUGUGGUGGAUAAAAUCAGAGAGAACCGUGGCCUGGACCAGCUGAACAUCACUGUAGGGGUGGACGGGACUCUCUACAAACUCCAUCCACAUUUCUCCACAGUCCUGCAGGAGACAGUGGUGGCGCUGGCGCCUCAGUGUUAUGUGACUUACCUCCUGUCAGAGGAGGGUAGUGGGAGAGGUGCCGCCCUCAUCACAGCCGUGGCCAGACGGGACCAGGUUGAGAUGUAACUACCCACCACUGAGAAGCUGACGUGUAAUUAGUUUACCAAAAUGAUGUUUAUUGUUACUCUGUGAAAUGCAGAUAUUAAGGCAAUAAACAAACACCAGAUUGUAUUUAAAGUAAUUUUAUUUACAAAACUACCACAGAACCUAUCUAUCAACUGAUGGAGAUGAACUUCAAAGGAGUGAACUCUUGUGUUCCUAGACUCAAGAUCAUAUUGAUGUCAGCUGAUGUCAAAGCAGGUGUUUCUGUCAGCUGCUAAAGGCAAAACACCUGCUUUCACCUCACUGACUGGAGUGUGAAGAAGUGCAGAAGUGCAAUAUGCUUGAAUGUUUCUGCCCAUACUGAGCAGUACAGUACCAAUUAGCUGCCUUAUAUGUGUAUCUGCCUAAUCUUGAUUUACUAUACUCCAGGGAAAAUAGGAAAUGCCUUAUUCUGGCCUUUGCAUUGAAAACACUUCCUUUGAGAUUUGGGGUUGACUCCGCCUUAGUGAUGCAUCAUAGCUUAUUCUGUAACUGUCUGACCACAUAAAUUUCAACAUCAACCAACCAGUAUGGCCAAAAUGAAUCCGAAAUUUCAAACAGAGGCCAGUGAGAAGUGGAAGCUCUCUGAUUAUCAGUCACUGAGUCAGCUGUGGGAAAGGGGUCUCCCACACAGGCUGCACAGCCACACACCAAUGUUAGCCAUGCACUGAUUAGCUGUGACGCCAGGAUAGACCAGUUAGUUAUGGUGAAGACAGUGAAGUUAGUGUUUGAUCUCAGUGCUAUUAAACUGCAUAUGGAGAUGUUUCAAAGAAAUUUGAUGUUUAUAUAUUUUCUAAAAACUUGACUGAGAAUGUAAAGAUCCCUAUUCAAAGUUUGUUGUAAAAUAUGAAUUAUGUUUGAAAUAAUUAUGUUUGGUAAAUUACUCAUCAGGCAAAAAUGAGCUGGCAUAGCAUUCGCCAUCACAGAGGUGACUGCAAUAUGAGACUUUACUGCUGAAAAUACAAAAAGAUCCUUGACAACCAGUUGCCACUAUCAAAAUCUAACUGGAGUAAAUAUGACAUGACAGAUUGGAUCGGACUAGAAUUCCAGUCUUGUGAUUUGUGCAAACAUUCAUAAAGCGCCCUCUUAGAGUGUGGUCAGUCAAAUGAAAUAAUAGGUAGCUUGCUCUAAUUAAAAACACAGUAGUGCCCUUGACCAGUUGUAGGUGCAGGAACACGGUGCUUCACUGUACAGCUCCUCCCCUCUCCACUAAAGGUACACUCCUAAAUCUCUGUUCUCAUUUUUUUGUGGUUGGUUACUUGUAUGUGAUCAUACAAAUUGUAAGA